GGUGUUGUGUAGUUUGAUUUGGUUUGGUUUUUAGCAAACAAGAAGAAGAAGAAGAUACAAGGAAGGAAGAUGCCGAGUCGCUGUGAGAUCUUCUGUGAAAUUCUGAUCGCCGUGUUGAUCCCUCCCUUGGGGGUUUGUCUAAGACACGGUUGCUGCACUAUUGAGUUUUGCAUAUGUUUGCUGUUGACUUUGCUGGGUUACAUUCCGGGAAUCAUCUACGCUCUCUAUGCCAUCGUGUUCGUGAAUCGCGACGAGUACUUUGAUGAAUACCGCCGUCCCCUCUAUGCCUCCCCCGCUUAACUUGUUUCCGUUAUUCAGUUAUUUUCCCUCCCUCUUACCUUAAUUUUAUUAUUAUUAUUAUUAUUAUGUCUUUGUCUUAUGAAUUCAACACACACAACAUGUUUCCGCAUUAUUAUGUUUUUAUCAAAAGGGAUCUUUGAUUUGAUA